ACCCGACAGAUCAUGCGGACUCUAGUGUACUGUUUUCGGACCGGUGGGCGCGUGUUAAAUUAUUCAUUGCGUAAUUUUCGCAAACAAACGUGUUGUCAGCGGAUAAACACAGCACUAUUGAAACAGUUCAGCACAACUCCAGUUACAAUGUCUGUUGGCCAGUUAAACAUCCAGAAAUCCGCUCCUGAGUGGUCCGGUACCGCUGUGGUUAAUGGGGAGUUCCAGGACAUCUCGUUGGCAAGUUACCGUGGCAAAUACCUCGUGUUCUUCUUUUACCCUGCAGACUUUACAUUCAUCUGCCCAACUGAGAUUAUUUCAUUCAGCGAUCGUGUUGAGGAAUUCCGAGCCAUCAACUGCGAAGUGGUAGCUUGUUCCACAGACAGCCACUUCUCACAUCUGGCAUGGGUCAACACACCGCGCAAGCAGGGUGGUCUUGGCAAUAUGAACAUCCCUCUGCUGGCUGACAAGACAUACGAAAUCUCAAAGUCCUAUGGCGUGUACAAGGCUGACGAAGGAGUAACUUUCAGAGGCCUGUUUAUCAUUGAUGACAAGGGCAACCUUCGCCAGAUCACAAUCAACGACCUGCCAGUAGGACGUAACGUUGACGAGAUCCUCCGUUUGGUCAAGGCUUUCCAGUUCACUGACAAACAUGGGGAAGUGUGCCCCGCCAACUGGAAGCCAGGAGCAGACACUAUUGUGCCAGACGUUAAGAAAUCGAAGGCAUUCUUCUCUAAAAACAACUAGACGAGCCUAGGACAUACUUCUCAAGCUAGUUUACAAAUUCUGCAAUUCUUGACACUGCCCUUUGAUAUGUGUGUUACAUCAACAAACUUAAUAAUGAAGAUAUUUUGACUGGGGCAUGGAGUUAUAGGCUCUGUCCAGACAUGCAUUUAUAAGUGUGGAUAUUGUUUUGUAUUUACUUUCGUUCAUUGUGUUACCAGUAAUCUUUACAUUUUUGUAAUUUAGUGUCAAUUCUCAGCUUUCUUGUUCAAAAACGCAAAAGUGAUGCAUUUAUAUGCAGAAAACUAUUAAAUUGAAGAAAUAAAAAAAAAAUCAAAAAAAAUCUUUUCAAUUGUUUUUGUUCUUACAUUUUUGUUUUAAAAGCAUUUCGUUAUGUAUCCCAUCACAAACAGUAUUUAUAUUUUCACGAACAAAUCCUGAAUACAUACUCUGUUCUUUCUACAUCAAUCUAUGUAACUGUAUGCUUGUAUUUCCCAUGUGCUAAAUAUGUUGCAGUAUUUGCUUUAGUUUGAAAAGCUUUCUUCUAUUAAAUGCAAUUUGUUCAAUGUUAGUUGAGUUUGGCAAGUUUUCCAGGGGCAUUUUCAUUUAAUAAUGAAUACAAUACCUUUGCACCCUGUAUGUAGAUACUAUGAGUUCAAUCAUAUUGUUUAUGUUUAAUGAACAAUUGUAAUGGCUUUAUGGUUUUGAUAAAGAAUACACUUAU